AUGCCCUUGAAAAUUUUUAGCGGAAAAUUUCUUCAGGACGUAAAUGAUGAGGACUCAACAGAGAUUCUUUUUUCUUCCUCGCCAUCAGAAAAUUUGGACACGCGUUUUUGCGUGCUUAUUUCUACAUCAUCCCCACUCUAUCUCUCACGCACACACACACAAAACUCUAUUUUCUCUAUACCACCGAUUUCUGACUUUCUCUCUUUUCCCUUCUCUCUACCCUCAUUCGCGCCCUCCCACUUCCGCUUCUCCCCCUCUUACUAUCACUCCCACGUUCUUCCACUCGCCAACUCUUUCCUCUCGCUUCUGCUCCAUCAUACACACUCUCUCGAUGUCUGUCUAUCUAUCUAUCUAUCACUCACACUCAGAAACACACACUCACUCUCUCUCUCUCUCUUUUUCUACUCCAUCAUCCACUCUCACUCUCGUCGUGUAUAUGCCUCUCACCCCCACACCACGCUAUUUUCCUUUCUCUCUUUAUCUCUACCUAUUUCUAUCUUUCUCUCCUUUCCACUCUCCAUCCAGCCAUCAUUCCCUCACUUUCCCUUUUCCGCUUCUUGCCAUCUCACUCCCUUUCUAUGCAGUCAUUCGCCCCUCAUCUCCUUCUUCUCGCUUCUUCUCCAUUACACACUUUCUCUGUCUAUCUGUCAGUCUCUCUCUCUCUCUCACACACAGACACAUAAUUUUCCUUUCUCUUUUUUUCGCUAUUUUCUAACUUUCUCUCUCUCUCUCCACCCCUUCGCUAACUCCCUCUUCCUACCUCUUUCCAGCUCCCUUUCUACACACCCUUCAUCUUCUUCCUCUCGCUUCUUCUCCAUCCCCUACUGUGUCUGUCUGCCUGUCUCCCCGUCUGUCUGUCCCUCUCUCUCUCUCUCUCUCAUACACACACAAUAUUUUCCUUUCUCUCGUUAUCUCUACGUAUUUUCUCACUUUCUCCCCUUCAUCUCUCCCCACCUCUUCGUUCCCUCUCUCUUCCUCCCUCUUUCCCUCUCUCUGAUAUUCUACCCACUCCUUCACCUAUUCAUCUCCUUCCACUCGAAUCUACUCCAUCACCCACUCACUUUAACUUCGUCUUCUCUAUUCACUUUCGUUUUACCUCAUUCUCCUUAUUUUCCUCUCCUUCCAACUCUCUCCCGUUCCAUGCACUCUUUCAACCCUCAUCUUCUUGCCCUAUAA